AAUGCCACCUCUUCAGGUGUGCAGUAGCCCUGGGGGGAGAAGGGUGGUGUCUCCACCCUGCCAGCGACCCUCUUCUCACUGGGUCAGACAAGCGGUGCCCCAAAAACACUCCUUUGCCUUCGCUUCCCCUGCGCGGGGACCCUUGACUGCUGCUUUUCAGCCAGGGAGUGCAUCUCCUCCCCCCCAACCCUGUGCUUUUACACCCUUCAGACUUUCACACCCUAAACUGUCAUCUUCCCUGUCUCAUCCCCAUGCCCCGGAGCCUUUGUGGGAGGAGGCACGAGCUGGGGGGAGGUGGGUGAGAGCACUGAGGCCACAGCUCAGUCGGAUGCAGCUCAGCAGCAUCAUGAAGGUGUCUGUGAGCUUGGUCCUGCUGCCAUUCCUGCUCCUCUACCCUGGGGAGGCUGCUGGCCGGCUCCAGUCAUGGAUCAUCGGGGGCCAGGAAGCCAAGCCGCACUCCAGGCCCUACAUGGUGUCUCUCCAAGCCAACGGCAGGCACAUGUGUGGGGGGGCCCUGGUGCACGCACGCUGGGUGCUGACUGCUGCUCACUGCCAGCUGCCACGGGACAAGGGGCCCUUGAAGGCUGUGGUGGGGCUGCACAGCCUGGACAAGGCCUCUCCCUACCAGCAGAGCUUCAGCAUCGCCAGGUCCGUCCCACACCCCGGCUUCAAGCUGAAGACGAUGGAGAACGACAUCAUGCUGCUGAAGCUGGACAGGAAGGUGAAGAAGAACCGGCAGACGAAGCUCCUCAUGCUGCCCAAGAAGGUGUGGGGCGCUGGGACGCAGUGCAGCGUGGCUGGCUGGGGGCUGACCGAGAAGUCCAGCCGGCUCUCCCCCGUGCUGAAGGAGCUGCAUGUCCAUGUGCUGGACAUGCGCAUGUGCAACGGCAGCCGGUUCUGGCACGGCGAGCUGACCCCCACCAUGACCUGCUACCAGGGCGCUAAAGGCUCGCCUUGCAAGGGGGACUCUGGGGGCCCCUUGGUGUGUGGGAAGAAGGAGGAGGCGGCCGGCGUGAUAUCCUUCUCGGAUAAGACCUGCAUCGACGUGUUCAAGCCGCCUGUCGCCACGGCCGUCUUCCCCUACAAGGCCUGGAUCAAGAAGGUCCUGAAGGGCCGGUAACCCUGCCAGAGGCUUCGUUCGCUGUGGCCCCGGUGGGCAGCAGAGCUCAGACCUGCGGUUCCUGGCAGGAAGUGAUUUUGGGUUGAG